AUGAGCAACAACUACAAUUCUCCGACGAGGAAUGAGGUGAUCAACUCACUCAGAGUAAGAGACAGAGGACAGCCGAUGGUGUCGGUGGCGAAUGAAGAGAAGAAGAUGGUACGGCUGGAAUUCUCGGUGUCGCUGUCGAAGCAAGAGAUCGAGGAGGAUUUAAUGGUUAUGGUUGGGCGUCACUCGCGGAAGAGGCCAAAGAAACGCGCAUGUUAUGUUCAAAAGGAAUUGGAUCUGACGGAGGUGACGGCGGAUUCUUACAAUAUUCCGGGGCUCAUUGGACACGAAAGCGCAGUCUCAGUUUUGAGAGUAAAAAAGCUCUCUAAAAAAGCGGUGUUGCCCUCAAGAGGCUCUCCUCUUGCUGCUGGAUACGAUCUGUCAAGUGCAAUCGACACCAAAGUGCCAGCCAGAGGAAAAGCGCUGGUCGCUACUGAUCUAAGCAUUUCAAUACCCGAAGAAACCUACGCCCGUGUUGCACCCAGGUCUGGGUUGGCUUGGAAGCAUUCCACUGACGUGGGCGCUGGUGUAAUCGACGCUGAUUACAGGGGACCUCUGGGAGUAAUAUUGUUCAACCACUCAGAAAUUGACUUCGAAGUGAAAGUGGGCGAUAGAAUUGCGCAGCUAAUAAUUGAGAAGAUAAUGACGCCUGAUGUGUUGGAAGUUGAGGAUUUGGAUUCUACUACUAGAGGAACUGGUGGAUUUGGAUCCACCGGUGUUUAAGUCCUGGGUUUAAUUGGUUUAGGAUUGUGGGUCGUUUCUUAAUGGUUUGAAUUUGCUGUUUUAGCUCAUUAUAGUUUUAGUUGUAAAGAAGUUUUAAUGGA